UAACCGGCCUAGCCCUGACGGUAAAAAACACAUACCAUUGAGUGACGUAAUCAAACACCGUAAACGAAACCUACUGAUCUGAAAGUUAAAGGACACAAACAGACAAAACUUCUCCGUAUUUACGCUGCAAAUCUUCAUCAUCCUCUGCAGGCCAUUCUCAUAUCAGGAUGUCUGUGCAAUUCAAUGGCUGGGAGGUGGUAGACGAUGGUGCCUCUUAUACUGGUGUGUUGCUAGAGCCGUCGCAGAGACCUCAGAACCGGGGAGUCUACACUAUGUACCAUGGGACCAGCGUUGCCAGCGCACGUCUCAUUAUUGCCAAUGGCUUUCAGCAGUCGCAGCGGGGCAUGUUAGGAAAGGGUGUGUAUGUCAGCCGUGAUAAGAAAAAGGCACAAUGUUAUCCAUUGAACAGCAGCUCUUCAAACCGUGUGGUCUUCGAGCUGCGCGUGCGCGUUGGCCGCGUCAAACGUAUUGACAAGGACAACCAUCCUAUGCAGUUCACAUGGCACACACAUGGCUACGACACUGCCUGGGUGCCCCCCAAAUGUGGCAUGAUGGCUGUGAAAAGCGGCAAGGAGGAAGAUUGUGUGUUUGAUCCCAAAAGAGUGACUGUGGUGGGCAUUGCAGAUGCACCAGAUACCAUAAGGACAGAGCUUCAGGAGCUUCUUGCAAAAACAUCCAAAAAGUCUGGAAGAGGAGAUGGUGAUUCUGCUGAUGUGUGUCCCCUUUGCAAGAGAAAGACACAGCAGGGCGCCCAACAUAUCAAGCAACAGUGCUGGAAGUGUGGGCAGAACCUCUGCAUUCUUAUGUCCAAGCACUUCUCUAGAUCCAGUUUAUGCUGCUCCGGGAGUAGUGCUGCAAUAUUUGGAUACCAAAGCAGGAUGUCGCUACAGUUCUUUGGAUGGGAGGUUACCUAUGAUGAUGAGUCUCCCAGUGUGGAGCUGACAGCCUCCCAGGCACCGAAAGAUAAGGGUGUCUACACCAUGUACCAUGGUACCAGCAUUGCCAAUGCACGUCUCAUCCUUGCCAGUGGCUUUCAGCAGUCGCAGGGGGGCAUGCUAGGAAAGGGUGUGUACGUCAGCCGUGAUAAGAAAAAGGCAGAACGUUAUCCAUUGAACAACAGCCCUGCAGACCGUGUGGUCCUCAAGUUACACGUGCGUGUUGGCCGUGUCAAACGCAUUGACAAGGACAACCAUCCUAUGCAGUACACUUGGAGCACGCAGGGAUAUGACACUGCUUGGGUACCCCCUAACUGUGGGAUGAAAGCUGUGCCCAGCGGCCUGGAAGAGGACUGUGUGUUCGACCCCAAAAGAGUGACAGUCGUGGGCAUUGCAAAGGCUCCACACAAUGUGCAGACAGAACUUCAGCAGCUGGUGACUAAGAACAUCAGCCAUUCCAGCACAGUCCCGGGUGGAGUAGUGCAUGGUGCUACUGCUUUGGACGUGUGUUCACUAUGCAAACGCAGGCAGCAGCAGUCGCCACACAUCACGACACCAUGCUGGGGCUGUGGGCAAAACAUCUGUAUUCUUAUGAGCAAACAUGUAUGUCCAGUUAGCGUUUGAGAGUGAGUGACACGGAUGGAUUCACAUAUAUGAUCCGGCAGAGUGUCAGAAAAAAGCUCAAAAAUGCAUAUGACUCAAAGUUUCUUCUGUUUCUUCAACUUUAGGGAUGUUUGAAUAUUGUUUACAAAGUUUUAUGUGAAUUUUAA